AUGUUGUCAGCUGAACAGGUCACAUUUUUCAAGGAAAACGGCUAUCUCAUCGUUCGAGAUAUUCUCAACGAUGCUGAGACUGCUGAGGUACAGAGAUGGGCACAGGAGGUCCACGACUGGACGCCAACUGCUGACUCUCAAUAUAUGCCCUACGAGGAAAUAAAUUCUCGUGGAGAGACGGUUCUUUGCCGCACAGAAAACUACGCCGACAGCCACGAGGGGUUCAACGGGCUGCUCCGCGGCACAAAGCUCUUGGGACUUUUAGAGGAGCUUUCGGGAGAACCCAUGCAUCUUUUCAAGGAAAAGAUUAACUACAAGCUCGCCGGAAGCGGUUUGAAGAAGACAGUUUUGCUAACUGAGGCAGGUGGAUUUGCGCCGCAUAUUGACGCUGUGGCUUACAACCAUAUCAAAGAUGUGAAACACCUCACCAUCUUGCUUGCCGUGGACAAAUCAACCCUAAACAACGGAGGUUUGGAGGUUGUUGAUGCGAGCCAUAACAUGGAUAUUCCUCUCAAAGUCGAGGACCACUGCAUCACUGAUGAGUGGGUGGACUCUCAUGAGUGGACACCCGUUGAACUUGAGCCUGGUCAAUUGCUCAUUUUCACCUCAUACCUCGCUCACCGCAGUGGGCCUAACCACAGUACUGAGAAUCGCAAAGCGCUCUAUGCUACAUACAAUCUUGCCAGCGAAGGUGAUUUGCAUCAAGACUACUAUGAACUCAGGAAGAAAGAAUGGCCUGCCACCCAUAUGCGUAAGAAGGGAGAAUCGUAUGAGGAUGGAGCUUUGAGAUACGCAUUUGGUUCGCCGAUGCUGAGCGUUGAUGCCGGCCGACAAUUGGCUUUCUAG